GGACGAAGAGGUUUAGGUUCAGUCUUUGUUUGGGCAUCUGGAAAUGGUGGAAGAAGUCGAGACCACUGCUCCUGUGAUGGCUACACCAAUAGCAUCUACACUAUCUCCAUAAGCAGCACAGCUGAAAGUGGGAAGAAGCCGUGGUAUCUGGAAGAAUGUGCAUCCACACUAGCGACAACGUACAGCAGUGGGGAAUCCUACGACAGGAAAAUAAUCACCACAGACCUGAGGCAGCGUUGCACAGACAGCCAUACUGGAACCUCAGCCUCUGCACCUAUGGCUGCAGGCAUCAUUGCACUGGCACUGGAAGCAAAUCCAUUUCUGACCUGGAGAGACAUACAGCAUAUUAUUGUCAGGACUUCACGUGCAGGACAUCUGAAUGCUAACGACUGGAAAACCAAUGCGGCUGGUUAUAAGGUGAGCCACCUCUAUGGAUUUGGACUGAUGGAUGCUGAAGCAAUGGUGAUAGAAGCAGAAAAGUGGACAACGGUCCCUCCACAGCAUGUGUGUGUGGAGAACACAGAUCGGCAAAUCAAAACAAUACGACCUGACAGCAUUGUCCGCUCAAUUUACAAAGCCACUGGCUGUUCAGACAAUCCUAACCACCAUGUGAUCUACUUGGAGCAUGUGGUUGUGCGCAUCACUAUUACUCACCCUCGACGUGGAGACUUGGCAAUUUACCUGACCUCUCCUUCUGGAACUAGGUCACAGCUCUUGGCCAACAGGGUAUUCGAUCAUUCCAUGGAAGGAUUCAAAAACUGGGAGUUUAUGACUACUCAUUGCUGGAGUGAAAAAGCAGCAGGUGACUGGAUCUUGGAAAUCUGUGACACUCCAUCACAGCUGAGAAACUUCAAGACUCCAGGCAAAUUGAAAGAGUGGUCCUUAGUCCUGUAUGGAACAUCCAUUCAGCCUUACUCACCAAGAAAUGAUUUUCCAAAAGUGGAAAGAGUUCGCUCUAGUCCAGUUGAAGACCCUACAGAAGAUUAUGGAACUGAUGACUAUUCAG